AUCGAAAUUGAAACUGAAAUUGGAGAAAUGGGAUGGAAAGGGAUUCUGGGUUUUGAGUAUGGAAUCGUGCAGGCACCUUUAGGACCCGAUAUUUCCGGUCCCGAGCUUGUCGCCGCCGUUGCUAAUGCCGGUGCCAUUGGUAUCCUUCGAGCUCCUGAUUGGGAAUCCCCACAUUACCUGAGGGAGCUCAUAAGGAAGACAAGGACUUUGACCGACAAACCAUUCGGAGUCGGCAUCGUUUUGGCAUUCCCUCACGAACAAAACUUGAAGUGUGUCCUUGAAGAGAAAGUUGCUAUCUUGCAGCUUUACUGGGGAGAAGUCACCAAAGAUAUAGUCUCCGAAGCCCAUCGAGCCGGGGUCAAGGUUGUUCCCCAGAUCGGAAGCUUUGAAGAAGCACAACUAGCUGCGGAUGCUGGUGUGGAUGCUAUAAUUGUUCAGGGACACGAAGCAGGAGGACAUGUUAUCGGUCAGGAAGCAUUGAUAGCGCUGGUACCACGAAUAGUUGAUCUUGUUGCCUCGAGGGGCAUACCAGUAAUCGCUGCUGGUGGAAUAGUCGAUGAGCGAGGCUAUGUUGCUGCAUUGGCACUUGGAGCUAAAGGCGUCUGCUUAGGCACCAGGUUUCUUGCUACGGAGGAGAGCAAUGCUCACCCGAUGUACAAAAGGAAGGUGGUUGAAAUGAACAAAACAGAGUAUACGAAUGUAUUUGGCCGUGCCAGGUGGCCAGGAGCGCCUCACCGUGUCCUCAAAACACCUUUCUUCAUGAAAUGGAGAAAUCUACCAAGUAAUGAGAAUGAGGCUAAUCAACCGGUUAUUGGCCAUUCAACAAUACAUGGAACCGAGAAAGAUAUUCGCGUAUUUGCUGGUACGGUGCCGAACAAGACAACAACAGGGGAUAUCGAAAGCAUGGUGAUGUAUGCAGGCGAAGGCGUAGGACUUAUCAACGAUAUCUUACCAGCUGCUCAAGUAGUAAAGAGAUUUGUCGAAGGUGCUCAAAUUUUGAUCCAACAAAACUUCACUUCUUGAGAUCGAAUCUUAAACUUGUGUUAAGAGUGGUUUUUCAAGUCUGUCUUGAUAAUUUGGAAAAUGAUAUGAUUGUUGUAUUAUGAUCCCGUCAUGCUCGAUAUGGUUUCAUUGGAUUCUCAAGGAACCACUUUUUUUAUGUAACCGUGGGUUUCUGUUCC